AUGUAUAUGCAAGAGCUAGGGUCUAUCAGUAGAGACCAAAAAGCCGAUCAGGAUACACUAGACAAUAUAUCUAGAUUGAGAAGAGAAGGUGAGAAUAAGCAUUCGCAAAAAACUCACGAAAAAGAAGAAAUGGUCAAGAGGAUGAAUAAAUUAGCGGAACAUAUUCACACCAGCGAGCAAGCUUUGCAUGAUCAAAAUAAAUUACUAAGAGACCUUCAGCAAGAUGUAGGAUCGUCUAAAAAUAAAGUUGAUGAGGUUCAGAAGCAGCUAGAUGAAGUCUUAGAGCAAUUAGGUAACGCUAAAACUGACGAACACGACGAUAGAAGAAAAAAAAAGAAGCAAGAAAUCGUCAAUCAUUUCAAGGCAUAUUAUCCUGGGGUUUAUGGGCGCAUGAUCGACAUGUGUCAACCCACUUACUCACAUUACAAUAUGGCCAUUACCAAAGUCUUGGGCAAACAUAUGGAGGCUAUUGUAGUGGAUACUGAACGUACCGCACGUCGGUGCAUACAAUAUUUAAAAGAUCAAAUGUUGGACCCAGAAACAUUCCUUCCAUUGGACUAUUUGCUGAUAAAACCGUCAAUUCGAGAUCAUGUGCGUAAUAUUACUGAACCCAAGGGAGUGAAACUUCUGUAUGACGUUUUACAAUAUGAACCGCACGACAUAAAAAAUGCAGUUUUGUUCGCUACCAAUAAUGUCGUAGUAUGCGAAUCUCCAGAAGAUGCCAAUAAAGUAGCAUAUGAACUGGGAAGUCGAUUUAAUGCAGUCGCUCUUGAUGGAACUUUUUAUCAAAAAUCGGGAAUUAUUUCUGGAGGAACUGUGGAUUUGGCUCGUAAAGCUAAAAGAUGGGAUGAAAAACACUUUGCCAGCCUUCAAGAACAAAAAGAAAAGCUCGCCAAUGAACUGAGAGAUGCCAUGAGAAAAACACGAAAAGAAUCUGAAAUUAUUACUGUGCAGUCUCACGUGAAUGGUUUGGAAAGAAGGUUGAGCUAUGCCAAAGGUGAUAUGAAUACAACUCAAACACAAAUUGAAAAACUUGAAAAUGAAAUUGAGAAUCUAGCUAGAGAGAUUCGAAAAUAUGAUCUUAAAAUUGAAGCUACCGAACAAGAUAUGCAAAAACGAGAGAUGCACAUCGAAAAUAUCGAAACAAAAAUGAAAAAAGUAGAAGAUCAGGUUUUCUCAGAUUUUUGCAAGGAAAUUGCAGUAGAGAACAUCAGACAAUACGAAGGCCGCGAGUUACGCCACCAUCAAGCAAGAAAACAAAAAUGUAUCGAAUGCCAAAUGCAAAUCGAUCGCAUUCGCAGCAAUAUCGAAUUUGAAACUGAUCGCGACACUCACACCAACGUAAGUCGCUGGGAGAGGAUAGUAGCUGAGCAAGAAAGCAACUUGAAAACAGCAAAAGUCAAAGAGGCGAGGCAAAGGGAAGAAAUUGACAAAGCUAUGAAGAUUUUGGAAGAGCACGAGUCACUAAAAACUUUGAAGAAGAAAGAGGUGGAAAAAAUGGAAAAGGAAUUAGAUCAAGCCAGACGAGAUGCUAAAGCUACAAAUAAGGAUAUGCAAUCCCUUCAAAAAAAUGUUAUGUCUAUUGAAUCCACAAUUGAUAAACUCAAGAGUGCUGUACUUUUACAUUGCAAGAUAGAAGACAUUGCGAUUGCCUUGUCAGCAGGUAAUAUGGAUGAUAUUGCAGCUACUGACACGCAAACUUCUUCGGGUGCCAGCAGCACAUUAGAACAAUAUGAACGAGAUGCUACAAUCCAAAUCAACUUCAGUCAGUUGUCAGAUGAGCUAUUGCAUUUAGAAGACGACAAUGAGUAUAAGGAAUGCGAAAAAAAGCUUCUUAAAGCAAUUUCGAGCUUACAAGAAAUUCUUCGAGUAAUUCAGGCGCCCAACAUGAAAGCUAUGGAAAAGUUGAAACAAGCGCGAGGCAAACUGCGGUCGACCAAUGAAGAAUUUAACGAGCUAAAGAGGCGAAAUAAUGAAGCUCGAGCCGCCUUUGAUACAAUCAAGAAUCUCGGAACCGCUAAGUUUAAUGAAUGCUUGGAUCAUGUGGCUCGUGAAAUUGACGAUAUAUACAAAGCCUUGUCCCAGAAUCAAGCGGCUCAAGCGCAUUUGCGUGUCAAAAAUAUAGAAGAACCGUAUUUGGACGGUAUCGAUUAUGAUUGUGUUGCUCCAGGCAAAAGAUACCAGCGAAUGUCUGAUUUGUCUGGUGGAGAAAAAACGGUAGAGGCUUUGGCUUUGGUGUUUGCUAUACACUCUUUCCAGCCGGCUCCGUUUUUCGUACUGGAUGAAGUAGACGCGGCGAUGGAUAAUACAAAUAUCGGAAAAGUCGCCAAGUUUAUCAGCGAGAAAACUGAAUCUUUGCAAAUUAUUGUUAUAUCCUUGAAAGAAGAAUUCUUUUCUCAUGCUAAUGGACUUAUCGGCAUUUAUCCUAAGCCUGGACACUGCCUCAUCAGUCAAGUAGUUACGAUGGAUCUGACUGCUUUUGAAGUUUAA